GUAUAGAGGUAACAGAUUUGGUAUAUACCCCACAUAUACACUGCCAGGGACUGGAUCACUCAGAGCCCCUUUCUACAUACAGGGCUAUGAUGGUGAUGUCUGGCUUCGCAGGGUGCCUCGUGUUAUUCGGGGUGACAUUGACUCUGGUGUCCCCGGUCAUACCAGACGCGGUUCAUGACCGGGGUGACCCCAACGUGCGGCUCUUCUAUCUGGAUCCAUGGCCAACGAAUCCCACUGUGCCAAGUAAUGUGGAUAGAGUCUGCCCCCGCCACAUGUGUGAGAACGGAGGAACCUGUGUGGCGGUGAAAGGAAAGUAUAGAUGUCUGUGUACACCGGGAUUCAUCGGACACAAGUGCCAAGACAUGAGGUUGGAGUUGGUCUGUGACAGUCACUCUAUGAGGCUUCAGAUUCCGAAGGCCGUCCUCACUGAUCUGAGUGUGAAUGUCUCCAACCUUCAUACAUCCAAUGAGCGGUGCACAGCGAAGGUGUCUCGUCUUUAUGUCUCCAUCACACUGACGCACCAGAAUCACACACGGUGUGGGACUGAGGUUAAGGUUAAUGGGACUCACCUGAUCUACUCCAAUGAGCUCCGCACAGGAUUCGCAUCACAGCGGCCAGAGAUACUCAGAAAUUCCAUAUCCCGUUCUGCCGAUGUUCGGAUAGCUUUUUACUGUGUCUACCACUAUGAUCGGGUUGUGUCGCUGCCCUACCCCCUGUUCACCAGUGCCUCGCUGGUGACCUUUGUGGUAAAGGAAGGAAAAUUCAAUGUUAGCAUGACCCUUCACCCCUCAGAAGAUUUCUUGGAUCCUUAUGAUCGCCCUCCGAUCAUCCCACUUACCGGUAGACUCUACGUCCAGCUGCAGAUCCUUGAACAUGACCCUCAAGACUUUUUCACACUGAGACUGGAUGAGUGUUGGGCCACGCCAGGGCCAAAUUAUGCUGAUGAGAUAAGACACCCAAUUAUCUCUAGUGGAACUGCCAACGACUCCACAGUGGCCAUGUUGGAUUCUUGGAACAAAACGCUGUGCCGCUUUUCCCUGCGGAUGUUCCACUUUGUGAAAUUUCCAGAAUUUUACCUGCACUGCAGAAUCUGGCUGCACCAGCCCAAUGCCAGCCAUUGCUGCAAUAUGUCUAAAACCAGCAACAGCAGACAUCCCCGAGACCUAAGUGACCCAUACAGGAAGGUGGUGUCCUGCGGUCCCAUCAGACUCAGCCGGAGCUUGGUGUCCAGUGUUGGGAAGCCGGAAUCAGGUCUAGGUCCGUUCUUCCUCCCUGCAUCCUCUGCAGCUGCAGCCGUCCUCCUUCUGUUGGGUUUGGUCACUAUUGCCAAGAUUCUGAAGAAACGAGCAAAGCUAGGAGACCCUCCUCGAUCUGUACAAUUCCUCCAAUUUCGUAAAUAAAAUAUAUUACAAUGGA